AAGGAUUGUAUUUUAUAAACUUUUAACAACCUGAUUCCCUUCUUACAUCCCCUGUACUUAACACCUCCAGUCACUUUAAAUUAUGCCCUCUGGUAUUAGCCAUUUCUUCCCUGGGAUAAAGUUGCUGGCUAUCCACGCUACUAUGCCUCUUAUGUUCUUAUACACCUCUCAUCCUCCUCACCAAAGAGAAAAACCCUAGUUCGUUCAACUAUUCCUUGUAAGACAAGCUCUCUAGGCAGCAUCCUGGGAAAUCUUUCUAGAGCUUCCACAUCCUUCCUAUAUCGAUGCAACAAGAACUGAACACAACAUGGUAAUCAAGACCCACUGAAUAUACAAAAUUCAAAGUGGACCAUACAAAAUUGCUUAGAGCAGUUGUAGGCUCAACAGUGUUUUAUGCUUGUUAAAUACUUAAAAGAGUAAUAGUAAUCACUUGCAGUGGUUGCUGGAAGUACAACAAUAUGGUGAGUUGGUUGUAGAAAUAGUAUCCAGGACUAAUCCAGAAUCAAAUCACUGCCUCAGAAUACGUGGACGUCUCUUUAGUGCUGAUAAGGAAUUUCCUUAGUAGAGGGUGGCAACUGACAAGUUUAUUGUCACACGCCGCUGUGGAGGGCAAAUUGUGUCCAAGGUCUGGGGAGAAGGCAGGCGAAUGAAUGGGGCCUGAUUCUGCUUGCAUGUCUUGAGGUGUAAAUACUGGACGAUUUAAAUUUGGUUAUUUAAUCGAAUUUUAUAGCCAUGUCUGAAAAACGCUAGGUUUUUGAGCGUUAAUAUUGAUUUCUAUUUCUGGUUUUAAAAAUAAUCCCUUUCUCUCCCCUCUGGCAUUUUCUCCCCACGAUCACCUUUUUUUCUGGCGUCUUCCCCCUUUCCAAUCCCGAAACGUCUACUGUGUUCGUUUCAAUUAGGUUAUUGAGAAAACCUUUUUAAUUCAGUCGGCCUUUUUUACACAAGGGAUUAGGCCCUUUUAUAUCGACUGACCUAAACCCAUUCUCUACAGUUACUCUAAUCUUAUUCCUUUAAUUUAAGUAGGACCUCAAAGUUGUCGACACCGGAUUAUUUCCGGUGUUACACAACGAGAUGAGUCAAAAUUAAUGUUUUAAGCCAGUGGCAAGGAAGAGCUCUGGUUUCACGGCAUAUCGGGGCCAUUUCUGGACAGGAAGGGACAAGUUGUUACUCAUUUUCAGUUUACUUUUGGCAAGUUUAAGUCCGUCUAAUUUUUAAAUCAGUUUAUUUCCCUCCCACACGGCCCUACAUUUUCCUACCAUCUGUGUGCCUAAGUUUCUUAAAUGCCCCUGAUAUAGGGACGACCACGCCUGGCAAUGUGUUUCACACACCCUUUUAUAACUGCACUAUGCCACCGAAUUGUAUUGUCUGCUGAUUCACUUAUUUUAGUAAUUUAUAGAUGUAUUCCAUGAACGACGCAUCUUGAGCACAAAGAUGCUGGAAACCUUAAGCAACAGACACAGGCGGCUUCUGGAGGGUGUGGACGGUCAACGUUUUGGGCGGAAACCCUUCAUCGGAACUGGAAAGGAAAGGGGAAGGAAAACCAUCCAUCAUUGUGCCGUCUGGUGGCCUAAGCUCCCCAACAUGGUGUUGCACCAGCACUUUCUCCGCUGCACCCAGUGCAGAGGGAACCGUCACACUCUGGCUGAGUUCCAGUGCCUUGACUGCACGUCUCCCGACCCAGGCGCCGACGACCUUGACGAGCUCUUUGCCCCUGAGCAGCGGGAGCUCGUGCUGCGGGUGCUGAACACUGCCUCCCGCGAGGAGCUGGCUGGCAUCAAAUUGCUGCGAGGUAGGAAGUCGGCCAACGUCGUGGAGUACAGGGAGCGGCAUGGACCCUUCACCCAGCUGCAGUGCCUGCUGGAAGUGCCUCUCUUCAAACACAAGACUAUAAAGCGAGUGUGUCAGUCAAUCCUGAACCCCUUACAGGAGCCCGGCAGACAGGAGAAGAAAUUCCACGGGCUCAAGUUCAUCAAACCUGACGUGGAAAGGAAUCGGCUUCUGGCUGCAAGCACCAUCGUGUCGAUCGUGUUUGGAAUCCGUAGGAUUGCGUGGGCCCAUGUGGAUCAGAAUCUUACAGUCCUGGACUGGAAUCAGGAGGAGAGUUACCGGUACAUGAAGGGCCCAUAUUUGCCUUCCCUGUACCUGGAAGAGGUUUCCUCGGCUGUGUCAAAAAUCCCCAAAGCCGAUUUCUUCAUCUUGGAGAAGCCGAGCAUCUCGAUUCAGAACACCAACCUGUUCCCAGUGACACUACACCUGCGCACCAUCGAGGCUAUGCUACAUGGCCUGCUGGGUGCCAAUUACCCAGAUGACAGGCAGCACCGAGUGCUAAGCAUGGUGCGUACUGCCAUCGGCAAACACUUCCAGCUGAUGGUGGGCGAGUCCCGCACCAGUGGCCGGGAGCUCGUACAGCAGUUCAUGGUGGAGUCAGUAACAGAGGAGCACCCACGGGUGCUGUUCCCCCGAGAUGCACUCCCCCGCUACCGGAGGCUCUUUCAGAAAUCGGAUCGUGGAGAGGAACUUUGUGACGCUUUAUUGCAGGGAGUUGCCUUCUACGAAUUUCUAUUUAAUAAUUCUUGAGUGACACUACACUGGCACCUGGAGGUUUACAGAGGGGGAUUUCUGUAACUCGCCUCUCAUCCGGCCUCACUGACUUGUGUUGGUCCUGUACUUCGUCACACCUGUUACUCAUGCACAACGCUGGAUCGUUAGGCUCACUGGUAAACUGUAGAAUGUUUUACAGUUGUGUUGAGUCUGGGCAGUCAUUUGGUCCCUGAUCACCCAGCCCUAUUCUGAGUGACGUUGAUCAAAGGAUCAUUACUGGUCAAAACACUCUCGGGAAAAGGCUGAUAGGGCCUUUAUUUAGACCUCAACCUGAAAUGUGGCACCUCUGCCAUUCCAGUAGUCUCUCGGUGCUGAGGUUGAGGGCUGAGAAUCUUUCAUUCUAUGGUGAGGGUCUUGUAUCUUCUCAGGGGCAAGACUAGAAGAAGUUCAGGUGUCUCCUGGGAUAUCUCAGGUCAGGACAGAAAGCUGCGCAGUGUGUGGGGAAUGUUAGACACUUGCACUGUGCUGUGUCUGUGCUUAAUCUCAUCCCCCUUCAUAGUUGCUGCCUGAUUUAUUCAGUUUCUCUGACACUUUGUGUCACUCCUGCAAGGUCUGUUUGCUUAGUAUCAUGGUUUUCGGUGAAGGCUACAGCGGGAAUUGGUCAGCUUAGAAUUUGGCUGAGGAUUGAGGCUGUGGGGAAAGGUGAAAGUUAACACACAAAAUACUGGAGGAACUCAGCAGGUCAGUCAGCAUCUGUGGAAAGGAAUGAAGAGUUGACAUUUCAGUCCAUAAACCUGACAUGCUGAGAUCCUCCAGCAUUUGGUUGUUACUCUGGAUUCCCAGCAUCUGUGGAAUCUCGUGUUUAUGAAGUUUAGCAGUUCCUCAUUUAAUGUCUGAGUUUUGUUUAAAACUUGAUGGCUGCUGAUACACUAGCCUGCCAACCAGACAACCCCAUGAACUCCAGUGGGCAAUCCCAGGCCUGGGCUGAAUUAACUGAUCCCAAUUGGAACAACAGGUUGCUGCAGGUCCAUCUGUGUCCUGAAAUGGGAUGUGGGGCAGGAGGAACUGGACUUUCGUAUUGAAUUGAUAUUAGGUGGAAUUUAACUUAAUCUUCAUGAGAGGCACGGUGAUGUGUCUACUUCCCCACUGAAUAUCAGAGCCUUUUUUCUGACAUUGAACAAUUCACAGAACUGAUGUGGAUGUUACUGACUUAAACUCUGCUCUGCAGUGUCACCUCUGGUUUGAUUUGUCCCCUUCACACUUUGGGAUAAAACUAGCAGCCGUGGAGACAGAAGCAACGAUUAGGAAUGCCCUGAAAUGUGAAAGGGAAUACAGAAAUGCAAAUCUUUAAAAUUCUUAAAUAUAAAGAUGUCUAUCGGCCUCAGGUAAUUGUAUUGUUUUACUUUAUUUAUUUACUUUGGACUGUGCGAGGAAACCAAAGCACGCAGGGGAGACUGACAUAUUCCACAGAACGUACAGGUGACGUUGGAAUUGAACUCUGACGCUCCAAGCUGUAGUAGUUUCUUGCUAACUGCCGUGCUACUGAGGUGCCUGUUAGUAAAUGAACUGAAGCCCUGUGGAGCUUGAGUGUCUCUGACAGGUCGGGCUGAGUGGUGACAGACUUCCUCGGCAAGUCAGGAUAAUUCUCUGAUUCUGUUAAACAGCAACAUUGAUGCAGCUUGGUAAGUCAUAGAGCACAGAAACAGGCCCUCCAGCUCAUCUAGACUGUGCUACAUCGUUCUACCUUGUCCCAUCAACCUGCACCCGGACCAUGUACCUAUCCAAAUUUCUCUUAAAUGUUGCACUCGAAACCACAUCCACACUCACACCACCCUCUGAGUGAACAAAUCCCCCCUCAGAUUCCCCUUAACCACUUCACCUUUACCCUCAACCUAUGACCUUUAGUUCUAGUCUCACCCAACUUCAUUGGAAAAUGUCUGUUGCAUUAUAUUUGAUCAAAUCUCUCCUUGUUCUCCUACACUCUAGGGAAUAAAGUCCUAACCUGUUCAACCUUUCUGUACCACUCAGGCUCUCACAUCCCAGCAAAAUCCUUGUUCCUCUUUUGAUCCUUCCUGUAGGUAGGUGACCAGAACUGGAUUGCAAUUCUCCAAAUUUGGCUUUACCAAUGUCAUGUACAACUUCAACACCUGAUUUUUUUUUUGCAAAGGCUUCUAUUUCAGGUUGGGUGUGGGUUUAGAGUGGCUUCACUGGCUUUUUACCCCUUGGUGGUCAGAUCACAAGGCUUGGCCCCCUCUAUUCCUGAACAAACUGCAGGUUAUCUUUUCAUUACUGUGACACAAUGGCAGCACAAUCUUGAAAUUCUUUAUUCUGGGGAGCAGAUGGUUUCUUGCAUUCAUGAGUGGUUGCCAAACUGACCUGUGGUGCAUCCUAACAGAAUGUGGGCUGCCCCCAGUAACAUCCUUGGUUGUGAACACAAAUGACGCAUUUCACUGUAAGUUUCGAUGUACACAUGAUAAAUAACCUGAAUGCAGGAUUGUGUUACAGAGAAGGUAGGCAAUAAGGUGUAAGGUCAUGGAGUUAAGAUUGAGAUCAAGAGUCACUCCUACUGUACCAAGAAAUUCAAUAUUCAAGAGUGGGAUUGAAGCUGUCCUGUGCUUGGUGGCAAAUGCUUCCUAGCUUUUAUACCUUCUGUUUGAUUGGGGGAGGUUUGUAUCUGAUUAUAUAGUUUUACCGAAAAGGUAGCCCAGGUUUGAUGAUUUCUAAUAGUCUAUCAUACAAAAUUAUUUGUUAGAAAUGUGUCAUUUGUAGUUUGGACAAAAUGCACGAUAAAUAUGAACUGUCCACUCCACUCACCCACUCCAACUUCACAUUGUCUGAACACCAUCUGCCCAUCAUCCUUUACCCUGUCCUCAGUCCACCUAUCACUUACUGGCUUGUUUCAUCUCUCCCUUUGUACUGGGAAUGGUUCUUUGCUCCCUGUCCUGAUGCUUUCCAUCUGAAACUUCUUUCACCUUCUCUCCACUGACAAAUAGUGCCCAUCUCUCUGUGUUCUUCCAUCAGGUAAUGUUUUAAUUUGAGUGCACCAUCCAUUGUCUCAUGUGGAUGAUGUGUCAAUUUACCGCUAGCACCAUCUCAGUAAAACACAUUUCCCCCCUCUAUUUCCUUCUCUCUCAGCUGAUUUAGCUUCCUUUUCAGGAAAUUCGUGACAUGAGCUGCAGCCAUUCCUUACAGUAUGACUGCAAGUUCCACAUUCUAAUCACUUUCACAGAAUUCAGGAGGAACUUACUGUACUAAGUCAAUUAUAAACUUGGUAAUGUGGUUCUAGAACAGAAAAAGUUACAGAAAGUAGCAGACUCAGCAGAAUCCAUCAAGGGCAAAGCCCUCUCCACCACUAAGUAUAUUUACCUACAGCACUGCCACAUCAAGAGGACCCCCUCCCCCCCCCCCCCCCCCCCCAAUCAUCCAGGGACAGGAGCCCUGAAGUCCCACACCACCAGGUUCAGGAACCCUUCAAACAUCAGGAUCCUGAAACAGUGUGGAUAACUUCACUCACCUUAACACUGACCUGAUCAAUGAGCACAACAGUUCAAGGCUCCUACAGCUCAUGUUCUCAGUAUUUAUUAAUCCAUUUUGUAUUUGUAGUUUGUCUUCCUUUGCGCAUUGGUUGCUUGUCAAUCUUUGUAUGUAGUUCUUCAUUGAUUCUAUUGUUUUACUGUAAAUUCCUGCAUGACAAUGAAUUUCAGGGUGGUAUAUGGUAACAUACUUUGAUAAUAAAUUUACUUUGAGCUGAGUUCUGAA